AUGAGGUGUAAAAGACACACCGCCGAUCUCUCCAGCGCCGCCGGCGUCUGCGCUUCUUGCCUCCGUGAACGUCUCCUCUCCCUCGCCGCCUCCGCCGCCGUCACAGAAAACGACAACAACAACCACCGUAAAUCCAAUAACCUGAUUUUCCCUCGCUCUGUUUCUCCUUACGUAAACCGCCGGUUCAUCACAACGCCUCAGGUGGAUACAACCGGAUUCUCAUGCAAAGACUUCGAAUCGAACCGGUCCUCUACCAAAUCAAGAACCGGUUCAGUCUCUACAAGAAUCUCUAAUUUCUUCAGACAUAGAUCCGAUGAUUCGUCUCGAGUCUCCUGCUCGUCGUCUUCGUCAUCGUCGUCGUGGAUCUCUUCGCUUCUCUCCAAGAAGCAGCAACCGGACGUGGUCUCGGGGCGUAAACCUCAGCGAGUGUUCUGCCGAGGAAUGUCGCCGGAAAGAGAGGAAGAAACGGAAGCGAGGAGGACUCCGGCGGUGAAGACGCCGGGGAGGAGGAAGGUAGCGGCGGCGGCGGCGGGGAAGGGAUGGGAUUUUUGUUUGAGUCCGUUGGUGAGAGCGAGUCCUAACUGUCCGUUUAAACGGAAAAUUAGGUUUCCGUUGGAGUUUAACGGGAAUGUUGGUGGAGAGGUGACGGUGACGGAGAAGCCGCAUUUAUCUGCAGCGGCGUCGUUUUGUGGGAAUAGAUCGAAGAAGCUUGUGGAUAUAGGUAGAGUUAUUAAUCACCGCCGUUGAGGUUGUUGGUUGGCUGGGCAGGUUUGGUCAAAUGUUUGACUUACCGCCAUAAGUGUGUGUAUCCUCGUAACUACUAAAGAUUUGAUGGACUUUUUUUUUGCAAAAUCAAGCUUUUUAUUUGGUUAAUAAUCGGUUGAAAAUAGUUUAAAAGGUUUUUUUCUUUCUGUUUUGUAGUAAUAUGGUUUCUUAAUCUGUAGAUGGAUCAGAGUCUUUGUUCUUGAGUUAUUUUGGGAGAAGCAAAAUGUAGUGCCAUUAUAUUGUUUUUAUGAAAAAUAUUUUUCUUAGG